CUCUCGUAGUGGUCGCCAGUUGUGUUUCCCGUUUCCCUACAGUGGUGCCGCCGUGCGGCGCGCGCGCGCCGUCGUCUGCUAUCGUCCGCCGCGAAGACGCGGCUGGCUGUGUGUGUGUUGUGCUCGGAAGGAUCUCGGCGCAGUUCACCGGGCCUGCGAAGCUCCUUAUUUCGCGUCCUCCUCUCGUCAGGCGGUGCUUGUCGCAUUACAACGGUCGUUCCCAGCGCUACGUAACAUCCCGAUCUCGACCAAUCGACACCCCGUCAAGGUGUAGUGCGUUUUUCGUACGCGGGAGUACGCCGUCUGCCUGAAGCAGACGGAAGCGGAACGCAGACAACACACCACGGGUGAGGCGGGAGUAAUCACCGCCCGUUGCGUGUAGGCGAAGUGUGUUAGCGGACGUCGUCGGUGUGUUUAACGGUGGCGGCGGAGGGCCGCCGAACACCGAUGUUGUUGCGACUGCCUUUCGUUUCCGUGCCGAGUGACGAGGAAUAAACGCGUCCCGCUUGAAGUAGUCGUAGUUGUUUCGCCGAUCGCUCUCGGAAGGAGCGAGCGUCCCCGCUUCUCUCGUUUUACGACGCAGCCCUUCUUCUUGUGCUCCGAGACGCAUCAACAAACAUGCUCUUCGCGCGGCUGCCUGCACAGCUGAGCGGCGGCGGCCCCACUCCGCAGCUGCCGUCGACUCGCGUCGUGUUCGCCCUUCUCAUCGCGUCGUCGGUGUUUAUCACGACGGUCGCGGACGGUGACAGUGCGUCGUCUUCGCUUCACAGUGAACAACACCGCGACGAUCCGUCGUUGUCGUGCCCGCCGGAUGACCAGUGCGACACGAAGAAGUGGUGCUCGGCGAUUGCCGCCGUCAUAGCAGACGACAAGAAGGGCGGCGCGGCAGACGACGAGUACGACCACGGAGUCAAGUGCUUGGACGAGCAAGUCGUGGAUCGGUGCGGUUGCUGUCGCGAGUGUGUACGCGGCUCGCCGGGCCUGCCUUGCGGCGGAAUCCGCCGCCUCGGAGUGUGCGCGGCGCCCCUCGAAUGCCUCGCCGACGUCGCCGUCGGCAGGAUCGCCGAGCCCCACGAGGAAGGCACCUGUCACGAGCGCAACUGUUCGGCCAUCGCGUGUCCCGCGGUGGCGUCCAAGCCGUGUCCAGAGGACAGCUACGCCCUGCCGUCGCAAGUGUCCCCCAAGAGUUGCUGUCCAAUCAGCGGAGGGUGUGCCUGUCUGCCGAACGACUGCCUCGGGAAGGACUGCCAGCCCGACGAGGUGCGCCGCCUGGUGAAGACGGGGAACAGCAAGCCCGGCUCCUGCUGCGACACCUACGAGUGUGUUCCUGCUAGUGGAGACCACGUGUGCCACGUGGGCAAGGAGACGUACAAGAACGGCGAGACCUGGCACACCAAGUGCAGCACCUGCUCGUGCCGCAACGGCGUCGCCGUGUGCAACGACAACGUCUGCAAGGGAGUCGACACGCACUGCUCCUGGCUGCACAAGCCCGAGGGAGAGUGCUGCCCCGUGUGCCUCGGUUGCCUGACAUCGUCGGGGCUUCGCUUCAACAACGGUGAGCGGUGGAAAGAGGACGACUGCACCUGGUGCGAGUGCAUAUCGGGCAAGGCCAAGUGUGAGGCACAGAUGUGCCAGACCAAGUGCGCAAAUCCGGUCAAGAAGCCAGGCGUUUGCUGCCCCGUCUGUGAAAAAUCGCCAUCGUCAUCGCCUUACCCAACUCACGGCAGCCCCAACCACACGAGCUUGUCUCGGUCGUGUCCGCGUGACGAUCGGAGCGUGUGGCGAGAUCAGUGCCGCCAUUGCGCAUGCCUGAAUGGUCACGAGGUCUGCUCCCUCGUGGCUUGCCCGCGAACCUACUGCGAGCACCCUAUCAUGGAACCCGGAGCUUGCUGCCCUGUUUGCCAAAAUGAUGCAGCUAGCCCAUUCCACUGGCCACCGGCAGGCACUGGCGUGUGCCAGGGUCUGGACGGCCACAUUCAUCGUGAAAGCGACAGCUGGUGGCUGGACGACUGCGUUCGGUGUGAGUGCGUAGAUGGCAUGGCCCUGUGUGACACCAUGCAAUGCCCUCCAGCACCAUGCGCCAACCCGACAAGAAAGCAGGGUCAAUGUUGUGCCACCUGCACGGAAGAGGAACAGCUCGGCAGCAACCAGUCCAACCAACUUCCGUGUGUGGGCGGAUACAAGGACGGUCAGUCAUGGCGUCCGGAGCCCUGCCUGAGCUGCCUGUGUCGUGCUGGCAAGGAACGCUGCUUCCGUGAAACCUGCCCACCUCUCACGUGCUUGGAGCCACUGUUCCUCAAGAAUCACUGCUGCCCAAUCUGCCCGACAGCAGCCACAUCUUCUAAGGCGACCCCAGUCUGCAGAACAGAUGGGAAGGUGUACGCCGACGGGGCAUCCUGGUCUCCCGACAACUGCAAGCGCUGCCACUGCACCUUGGGCCAAGUACAGUGCUCCGAGAUGGGCUGCCCCCCAAACAUGUGCCGGUCAGCCAAUCACACGUCGGGAAGCUGCUGCAUACCUUGCUCAUCGGAUGGAGCCGUUCGAUCGUCAAACCAGUGGCAGUGCACGCGAGGUGGCCUGGUGUUCGCUGACGGAGAGCAGCGUGUCAUCGACAAUUGCAACCGCUGUGAGUGCAGUCGUGGACACCUGCACUGCCAGGAGACCGUCUGCCACCAGGACUUGUGCCGAACCCACAACCACAGUUCUGGCAACUGCUGUGUGCAGUGCACUGAACUUCACCACUACAUCAAGAGCACCGGCAGCGACGUGGUCGGCUACGUGAUUGCCAUCGUGAUCCUGGUCACCAUCAUCGUGGUUCUCAUGUGUGUGGCUUGCUUGUGGAGGCGGAAGAACACCAGGCCGUUCAACAAGCCCAAGCCAACGCACUACCAGAAGACCGCGAACGGCUACGUCUGAGAAGCUGAAGUCAACCAUGUCUUUACUCCGCCGUUUUUCUCGACACCUUCGCCCCCCCUCCCUACUUUCCCCGAAUGCUCCUGGUCUUUUUCUUCAAGUGCGUGCACUUUGUGAUAUCGAGUAUUUAUGCCAAAGCCGGCAAGAAUGACCAGGACUAUAGCGGUGACGUUGAGGUUCCCAACACCUGUGUAUGGCAAGGACACCGAUGUAACCUUGAGAACUGCUUGGUGGCCUUGUCGAGAGAAUAGUGUCACGACCUCGUCACGGCUUUUUCAAGGAUUUCGUCGAGGCAGCCGCUUCACUACCUUGCCAGGGAAGCUGUCAGGUGUAUCACAACCUAGUAGAGAGAAUGCUGUCACAACCUCGCCAGGGUAGUUCCGUCGUGACCUUCAGUAGUGCGUCACGACCUUGUAAAGAAAACAGUGUCAUAAACUUGCCAAGGAAGUUGUGCUAUGCCCUUGCCAACAGUGUCACAACCUUUUCAAGCGUGCUGCGUCACGACCCCGUCAAGUGCGCCGCGACAUUGCAGGGACAACGGUGCCGUGACCUCACGAAGGAAACUGCAGCACGACCUCGUCAAGACAACUGUGUUGUGCAUCAGAUCUGCCGUGUUCGCGCAAACACUUUCAAAUCCGUGGCACAGACUGCUUGGGCAGGGGAGAGAGUGAGGCACCAUGACAUAUCCGAGGACGUGUGCUGGAACAUGAGGCUGUAUGCAGCGGCAGAAGGAACAGUGAAAGAUUUUGGUUUCGAACAGUGAUGACAUUUCAGUGGCUCUGCGGAAUUCCUUUUAUUGCAUGUGCAUGUGUGGACUGUAUCAAUGUAUUGCGCUGGUCCUCACAUGUUUGAGAAUAGUUCUGUGCACUUUCUCGAACUAAUGUGGAAACGGGGGCGAAUCGUGCGCCCAGCUUUGCGUGGUGGAUGUGCAGCCGAAAGGCAAAGCACGAAAUGACUGUGCCAUAAUGGGCAGACAGGUGAUGUUUGUCAUAUGUGGGCCACUAAGAUGUAUGAUCUCCGUAUACUGCUUUGAUGACUUUUAUCCCGUACGAGGUUGAAUACCUGCACAGGGGCACGUUCGUACAGUGUGUCCUUUCGUCGUUGCAAGAGCAUGCAGAUUUCGCAGCAUGCUGACAGAAAGAGAAUGGGAUAGCACGCACACUGCGAGCAGCUCGAGGCAGUUCAAUACAAUGAGGAACUUUUCAUUGGCUUGGUUCACGCCAUCCAGCAGUGAACUGAAAAAUUGUGAAUAUGUCUUUUACUUCCUUGCUCCACAGUUGCUGAAGGCCAUAAACCUUUCAGUGAUGUAAGUGAAGGACGUUAGGACAUUGUACAUAUACAAGUUGUUGUCGACAAAGUUUUAAGUCUGCAGUGUCAAUGCAAAAAUAAUAAGAGUGAAAUGAAAAUGUGUUCGUGUCGGAGUUGUGUGAUUUCGUCAAUGUCGUGCCUCACGGCGAUUCCCUUUUGAGUCUUUUACGCUCAGCAUGGGGACAUCUGUUUAGCUUGGGAACAUUUGCUUAUUUAGGAGGCACUUGUGCGGUUCUGCCCCCAAAAAUGAAGUUGAAGGAAAUUCAUUAGCGUACUUUCUUCGACUGGUGUUCAUUGUUUAGGCCGAAUUCCUCGAGGGCAGUUCGUGAAGCUGUCAGCUGCCUUCGCUUUUAAUCGCUGCAUUUCUGUUUGUUCAAUAUAUACAUACAAGUAAGAUAGCAGACUGAUCGAUUCUCUGUCUUGUGCAUGAUGAAAAUGAUUGUAGAGGACUAUCUAUUAGCACUGUUUUGCAAGAUCCUCUGCACUUUUAAUUAUGAAGUUGAUGGUUUAUAAAAUUUUUAUUGAUUAACUAGAUGCAUCAAGCUUCUCGCACAAGCUGGACCUUCAAUGUGUCUAGCCAAAAUUUGCAAACCGUUUAAUUAGGUUAACAUAUUUUAGUGGGAGCAUAUUGUAUAGUUACCCUGCAUGGUGGAAAACUCUACAUGUGUGUGACAGAGUGCUAUUAGAACUUUUAUAUUUUUCAGUGAUACAUAACAGAGAUAUAGUUGAACCUCGAUAUGACGAAGUUGUGGAGAUCUCAAGUAUUCCAUCCAAACUUUAUUACACUGCAGUACCUCAAGGGGAAAUGGUACUCAAAGAAAAAAAUGCUGCUUUAUUCUGUAGCCUGGGGCAAUGAAAUUUUUGCUGAACUAUACGUAGGUUUCCAUGCAGAUUUCAAAUAUGUAAUCAGCUUCAUAGUAAGUUGCAUAGUUUUCAUUUUGUACCAUAGCAAUGGGUAAAAUAUGGUUCUUAAUUGAAAAACGUUUUCUGCCGCUAGGCUUCUAUGGUUAUGAGCCAUUAAUGGAUUAUAUUGCUCCACAGUGGCAAUUAUUAUAAUGUGAGAUGCUCUCUAAUAUUCAGCCCACACUCAGUGCUCACUCAAGGUUCAUAAUAACAAUAAAAAGAUAUCUAGUUUUAAAGGAGAUAAUUGUACCGUUCACAUGCUUAGAAAUAUCUGGUGAAAGUUUCAUUCCGGGCUGGUCAUUAGAAGUACCAAAAGCAAUGAUUAAACUCAAGCAGCUGCCCGAUAUUUCCCCAUGGCAAGAAAAUCACAUUUUAUAUCUAGAAAUGAAAACUCAUCUACAGGGCAAAGAUAAGCUAUCUAAAACGAUUUAUUCCAUCAUAAGAGCUUGGAAAUCAUGGUUAUUUUGAGCAUGUGGCUUUGGUGAACUCCUCAUGUGAAAUGCAAUAGCAAAAAUUUCCAGAAAACUCUAGACAAUUAGCUCUUUUUAAUUUUUAUUUGCCACCUUGUGCUCUUGAAGAUCAAUUUUAACCUAGUUCAAUUUUAGUUACAACCUUCAUUUUUUUAUCAUACAAGUACAGAAACAAAAUUUGUGAUAGCAAGUAAAAGCAAAAAUAUGUAAAUUUGGAAAAAAAAUUUUUCUUCAGUAGCAUCUCCCCUUAGAUACCCACGUAAAUUUUCCUGAAGGAUUUUUUUUUUCUGAUGAACUUUUGAAGAACCACUCACAAAGCAACCAAGUGAGUACAAAUGCCCUGCAAUGUUUUUGCUUAUGCUUCAAUCUUCACAUUGUGGAAUCAGUUAAAGCUUUGUUGCGCAGAUAUUGCGGGAAAACUAAAUAUGAGCAAUACAACUCGCCACACCAGAGUUCGUUGAGUCGAGGUUCAACUGAAGUUGUAACUUUCAGUGUCACACUUACUGCUGCGGAGGGCAGACAGUACUUUGUAAAGUUUUUAGUAUAGUGUGUGGUGUCAUAGUUGCCAAUCGUGGUGUACUGUUCCAGAUGAUGCUCUGCCUGUUAUUCGAGCUUCUAGCGAAAGCCAGAAUGAAAUGGCAGUGCUAUGUAUACAUAUAUAUUUUUUUCCUUUUUGUGAAGUAGACGGCAAUGAGAGCAUGAACAGUGCACUGUUUGUUCCAAAACAAGAUUUUAUGAAAUGAGUAGAAAACACAAUCUUAUUUGUGUUUCCAUUCCUUCAGAACACUGUCGAGUUUUUUAAAAGUCUUUUAGGAGAAGCACAACAUGUAUAUUUAUGACUUUGUUUGCGGUUGUGCAGUUUAUCGACUGUGCACGUGUGCGUGAGUGACGGAUGAAAAGAACGCAGAGCGACAGCUUUUUUUUUUUCCUCCUCCUCGGCUCGGUGUCGGCCACAAAUAAAAAUCUGAACAUUUUACUGUACAA